AUGUCAGAUCAGGAGGACAUUGUGCCAGCUGACGUGGCUGAAGAUGAUGAUCAGGAUCACGAAGAAGAUGACCACGACGAGGAGCCUGAAGAGGAAGCAGAAGAGCCCAGCGGCAAGGCCGCUCCAAAGUCGUCCUCGCGCAAGGCACCAACACGAACCAAGAAACCGCCGGUGAAAGGGAAGAAGGCCACUCGGAUCGAGAACAGGGCUGGCCUAUGCUUUCCGGUGUCUCGCAUCCGGAAGAUGCUGAAGGACAGCGGAUACGCAAAACGUGUUCAGAAGGACGCGGGCAUCUACCUUACCGGGGUGAUCGAGUACGUUUGCGCAGAAAUCCUGGAACUUGCAGGAAACUCUGCCAAGGAAAGCAAGAAGCAGCGCAUCAUUCCAAGAAACAUCCAGCUGGCCAUUCGCAAUGACGAGGAGCUCAACAAGUACAUGAGCAAUGUCACUGUAAGGUCUGGUGGGGUCAUUCCCAACAUUCACCAGACACUGAUGCCUGAGAAGCCACCACCGCAGUCGAAAGGUGUUGUUGGGGCAUCCUUCUCUCAAGAAUAUUGA